CUGCGCGAAACUUCCCAUCGGCUGCCCUGGAGGAUCCCAGAAUAGCCACAACAUCCUCCUCCUUCCUCCCAGUCCAAAGGGGAACCGGAGAAAGGGGGAGGAAGAAACAAGGCGGGGGAGAGGCGGUGGGCAAAAAUGGCAAAUGGAAGUUGGAGUUGAUUGGUGCUGCUCAGAGGCUGAUGAUCGCAUCUUAGGAUAGGGAAGGGGAGGAGGAGUGGAGCUGGGGGAAUGCUUGCACGCCCACCCACCCCCAGUUGCCGCUGCUUCGGCUUUGAUGCAAAGGAAUGAAGCAGGGUUUCCUGAGAGAAGAGCGUGUGGUUGAUCCGAGGUGUGUUUGCUGGUGGCUGCAGACCUGUCGCCCUCUUUCCUCCCCAUGCGGGCGCUUUCCUCCAGAGGCUCUGAGUCCUGGUUGCUUCUGCUGCGGGAUGGAGACGCAUGCUUUCUGGCUAGUGCAACUUUUCCUUUUCGCGCUGUGGGUUAACGGCCUAAUGACACUUGGAUUUACAGGUGCACAUCAACAAGUGAUUGUCUGCAAUGAAUCGCUCAUGUUAGAAAAGUUGCCCAGAUGUGGAAAAUCCUUUGAAGAGAUGAUGAAGAAAGUGGACUCUAAAAAAUGGUGCAACCUAACAGAAUUUAUCCCGUAUUACGACAACUUCAGCCUCUGCACAGAACAGGAAGCCAGCGCCGCGAGAUGCUUUUGGCCAAACCGACUUGCACAGGGCUUCAUCACUGGAAUUCAUAAACAAUUCUUUUCAAACUGUACAUCAGAAAAGGUCCACUGGGAAGAUCCACCAGAUGAAAUUCUCAUAACUCUGAUCUUAAUCCCAGUAUUGCUGAUGGUUGCUAUGAUAUCUCUAGUGGUGUGGUGCAGUAAGAGAAGUGACAUUCUAGUGUAAGUCACGCCUCCUGGCUUUUCUCAUCCCAUUCCUCUCUCUCUCUUUCUAUUUUUUUUUUUUUUUUUUUUUUGGGUAACGAAAAGAAGAAUCAGAAAUAUCAGAUCUGCUGUGCUUUAACCUGUCAGGUACUAUGGGAGGAAACUGUCCUGUAUUCAGAGAUACAUUCUGCCUCUACCUAAAGUCAAUGCUUCUAUACUGCAGGUUUUCAGUGUUGCUUAUGCAAAGAUCUUUUUUCCCCCCUCAAAACCGAUAAUCGCAGCUAAUGUGUAAUGGAAUUCACAUUCAGUUCUGGAUAAUGGGAGACAUACGAUGGCAAGUGAACAUGCUAACUUCAGCAGAGGUAAAGCUUCUUAGCCAAAGUUAAAGCUUGUCAAUAAGCUUCGUUUUCCAGUGUGUGUGUGUAUAUAUACACAAUGGGUGAGUAACUUGUAAUAUUGACAGUGGGGCUCUUUUGAAAUUUUUAUGCUGGACACUUGAGGUUUUCAUUUGUGAACCUUGUGACUUGAAUGGAAGUUUGUCACCAAAGGAAAUUAACAUGGAUGUUGCUGAGGGACACUUUCUUGGUGGUGAAUAAAAACCACACACUGCCAAGGACUAGAUGUAUUGUCUUGGUAAGAAACAAUUCAUAUGGCCAGUGGAUUAUCCUUGUGGAGAAGAGACUGUGCUAGGUUAAGUAGUUUUUAAAAUGUCCUUAAAGAUGACUUCUUAGAGCUUGCUGGCUUGAGGACACACUCCAGGAAGGAUGCAGGCUUUUCCCCAGAGGUGGAAAAUGAGAGGAAAUGAGUUGACCAUGAAUUUACCAAGGACUGGUAAAGGAACUGUCAUAUGCCAGACCCAUCAUUUUAUUUUUUUAAUUAUUAUUCUUAUGUUGAUGAGUGUAUUCACUGUGUGCUCCUCAUUCUCACUUCACCCUGAAUCUUUUGUUCAAGUGAUGUCCUGUAAAUAAAAAAAGAUAAGAAGCUAUGUCAAUUGAGGUGCCUUUCAGUGUUUGAAUACUUCAUUUUUCAUCACUUACAGAAUGUGGAAGCUUAUGUUGGUAAUAGCAAGGCAGUUUGAAUGGUGCUUGGAAUUGACAGAGGGCAGAGAAAUGGAAACAGAUUCCAUUCAACAAGUCUAUAUUCGUCAUAUUUCUCUGUAAUGAAAUAUUUAGAUACAGUAUUCUCCAAAUAAAAUAACUGUAGUCCCUAUUGUAAAUUUUUCUUGUCUGUCACAUGAAGUGUCCUCCAAGCCAAAUAUUCCAUUUUUACAAGUGCUUCAAGAUCUUUUGCUCAUGAAUACACAUUUUCAUACCUCACACAUUUAAAUAAAGUACAGCUAUCUGUGUCUUCUACAUGUAUUAGUUAGAUAGUCUUCUUUAAGAUUUUGUCCUAGUAGUUGGGAUGUGGGUCCAUGUGAACAAAGUGUUGCUGGAUCUCAACAUAGAAAUGCUCCCUGUAUGAAAAUCACAUAUACGUGGAAAGUUACAGUACCUAUAUAUCUUGGUUUUCACAUUCUUUCCCAAUAUUUUAAUAUAAUAUAGAUCUGCUUGCAGUCCUAUUGGAUUGGUUAUAUUGGUAGGAAUGACUGGUUAUGUCAGAUAUUUCCUAUGUAUAUUGUAAUAGAUACUGAUUCAU